AUGAAAUGCAGCGGAAAAGUAGGGUACCUCUUCAACCUGAAGAGGGAGUACGGAGAGGAGAGGGCAACUACCCUGUUGAGGGCCCUGGAGGAGGAGAAAGCAAUCCAAGGGGCAUUCAUCACCGACUUUGUAAAAAUGGAUUAUCUCAACUUGACGAAAAUCCUGCUGUUCAUGGUUGGGUCAAAUAAAGUGGAGACAAGUUUCGAUGGGUUGUAUGUAGACGGGGCGUAUGCACAUUUGCUGACCCAUCGGGGGGUGGCGGUCCCCCAGGGGAAGCCUCCAAACGGGGUUAUCCCGUCGGUGGGUGAAGAGAGGAAAGAAGGGAAGUGCUCAGCGGGGGGGAAUUCCGAAGGGGUAAAUUUUGAGGGGGUAAAUUUUGAAGAGGCAAACGCCUCAGGGAUAAUUUUCGACGGGGCAAACUCCGCGGGGGAGACCGCAGGGAUAAUUUUCGACGGGGUAAACGCCGCGGGGGAGACCGCAGGGGGAGGGCCCCCCCUGAGAAACCCCCACCCGGCAGAAAAUUACGAAAAAAUAAUCAUUCACAAAUCGGAGAUACUAAACGCAGAGGAUAUAAUGAAGCAGGACGGGGAGGUGGAAAGUAUAAGUAAAGCCAUCUACUAUUUAAACCCCUGCUCUGUCCUGUCAGCGUAUUUUCUUGAUGUACAGAAGGACGAAAAUGUGCUGGACAUGUGUGCAUCUCCAGGGGGGAAGUCCCUAGUCAUCGCCAACCAGCUGUUCGGGUAUGACACCUCUCCAGUGAAGCGAAUUAAAAAAAUGGAAUACCUGCAAGAUGGCAGCGUACAAAUUACGUGCUCGCUAGAUAUGGUGAAUUAUUACGCCACGAAGAGACAAGGCUUCUUCGUCGCGAACGAAUUUAACCGAGUGAGAUACGACAGGUUGAAGCAAGUACUUGGUAAGCAUCUGCCAAAGGAUCUGCUGACGUCGAAUAGGCUGCACCUCACAAAUUACAACGGGUUAAAUGUAAACUCAUUUUUAAGGUUCCCAAGGUUUCACAAAAUAUUGCUGGACGUUCCUUGCUCCACUGAUGAGCAUUUAAUAAAAAAAAAAAAAAAAGAUUUGCUUAACAAGUGGUCAGAUAAGGUGAUAAAAAAUAAUGCAAGUGUGCAGUUCGAGCUGCUGAGGAACUCCUUCCAGCUGUUGCACACAAAUGGCAUCCUCGUUUACUCGACGUGCGCUCUUUCUCACCACGAGAAUGACCAGGUGAUUGAGAAGUUUUUGACCAAAUAUAAAAAGCAAGUUCAAGUGGUCGACUUUGUGAAAGAGGAGGUUCAGAAACGGUUCCAUGGGGACGACUGCGGGGGGUUAUUUUCCCCAUCCGUUGGGGGGCAUACCUGUGAGCAGCGUGACAAUGAACAUGCAGAGGGGCAUAGCGCUCCCCGCGACGGGCCGAACACCCACUUCCUGUCCUUCUUCGAGAAGACCAAGUAUGGCUACAUUUCCCUGCCGGAUAGGUCACCCUUUGGAAUUUUGUACAUUUGUAAGAUUCGAAAGAUUUGA